ACCUACUAAAUGCUUAAAAAAAAACUUUCAUCACCAAAAAUGAUCAUUUUCCCUUUUGAUGUCACGAUGUCGUAAGUCUCGUAUCAGUAAUUAUGGAACAAAAACGUGAAUACUUACUACGUACUAAGGUUCAUAGCAACAGCUAAGAUAGCUUACCGGAUCAACACCGAGAUAUCAAUAUAAUUAAUGUUGUUAUUAUCAAGGCGCGUUGAUUAAGAUAUCGUAUUCGUAUUAUCUGCUCUAAGGACCCGGCUUAUCAUUGCCAUUGUCAGUUGAUUUUGCAACUCAAGUGGCUGUGGUGUAAUUGUUCUGUGCUGUAUUAAGUGCUUCUUCAAAUAUGAGUGCGAAAAAGAGGACGGAAAGUGAGACGUCAUGCGAAGAAGCAGCAAGACUGACGGCAGAGGGGGCGGCGGCUGACGCUGACGACGACGAGGCUUACGACUAUGGGGCCCUGCCGCCUCCCCCCGACGGGGGCUACGGCUGGGUCGUGGUCUUCGCCUCCUUCAUGUGCAACAUGAUCGUAGACGGCAUCGCCUACACAUUUGGCAUAUUCCUACCAGAACUCGUGACGUAUUUCGGCGAGGGUAAAGGCACAGUGGCGUGGGUUGGCAGUUUGCUGUCCGGAUUUUAUCUCGCAGCCGGUCCUGUGGUGUCAGCAUUAUGUAACAAGUUCGGAUGUCGCGCCGUCUGCGUUGCCGGCUCCUUUGUGGCCGCAACUGCGUUCGUUAUCUCCACAUUCAGCAAAAGUGUCACCAUGAUGAUGAUCACGUACGGAUUGAUUGGAGGUCUCGGAUUUGGUAUGAUCUACCUACCAUCAGUAGUGGCAGUGGGCUACUACUUCGAGUCUCGGCGAUCCCUCGCUACCGGCAUAGCUGUGUGUGGCUCAGGAGUCGGCACCUUUAGCUUUGCCCCCCUUGCAGCACUCCUGCUUAAUGAAUUCGGGUCCUGGCAAAAUGCUAACUUCUUGCUCGCCGGAUUGAUCCUUAACUGCGCGGUCUUUGGUGCUCUGAUGAGGCCUUUGGUCUAUCCUAAGACCUCAGGCGAAAAGCCUUUACUACAACGUAUGGCUGAAGAAAAACGCCUACAAAUGGAAAGGGGUUCUAUCGGUGGAUCAUAUUUUGUGGUCCAAUUACCCGAUGGUACUAUGGAGAAGAGGCUGAAGGUGAACGUAGUAGACGAUUCUGCACCAUUAAACAUCGACCCUGGAGUACAUUCGUCUCUGAACCUGGAAGCUUUAGCCCGCGUACCGACCGUCCCUAACAUGCCUGGAGUACCGACAGUGCCUACCCUGCCUACUAUCACUGAAGCUAAAGUUGCUGAUGACGGUGGUGAUAAGAAAAAGGGAGAGAACGGAAACCUGACAGUCAACCCUCAACAUCAGAUGUCGCGCAACGUGUCAUCGCCUGCGUUCAGCGCGCACGCCCCCGGCCUACCCAAGAACGGUUCCGUGCCCUUCUUCGACAGACAACGCAAGCAAAGCACCGGCGACAGGUCCGGCGAUAGGUUCAAGCCCUCCCUAGCCGCAAUCAAAGCUACUUCCAAAACUUCAAUGAACAGCCAAUACCGCAAUGCUGACGGUGAUACAGAAAGCAUGAUGUAUAACUCGAAGCUGUCUGUGGCCGGUCCUCGCGAGCCAUCCCGUAUGGUUCGUCCGAUGUCUCGUAAAGACAUCUUCUACUCGGGGUCGGUGCUCAACCUGCCCCAGUACCAGAGUCAGAAGUCGCUGCAGGGGUACAGGAACUCAGUACUUAGUCUGCCACAGAGCAGGCAAACUGGUGACCUGGAGAGACAAGAACAAUACGACCUCUGCCCCUGCUUGCACUUACCCGAGUCCUUCAAGACCGCCCUGUCCUCCAUGUUGGACGUGAGCCUGCUGCGCGACCCCGCCUUCAUGUUGAUCGGCGUGUCUAACAUCUUCGGCAUGGCGGGACUCUACGUGCCCUUCGUGUAUAUUGUCGAUGCUGCUAGGCUGAGUGGUGUGGAGCCAUCCCAAGCGUCUUUCUUGCUGUCCAUCAUCGGUAUCACCAACACGUUCGGGCGUAUCAUCUGCGGCUGGGUGGCUGACUUCCCCUGGAUGGACUCGCUCUUGCUCAACAAUGUCUGCCUCGUUAUUGCCACGAUAUCAGUUGGAUUGACUCCCUUCUGUUAUUCCUACGCAACAUACGUCGCAAUCGCCAUAGCUUUCGGAAUCGCUAUUUCGGGCUACAUCUCCCUGACCUCCAUCAUCCUGGUGGACCUGCUGGGCCUGGACAAGCUGACGAACGCGUUCGGUCUGCUGAUCCUGUUCCGCGGCGCGGCCGCUAUGAUCGGGUCCCCGCUGGCCGGCGCCGUGUACGACGCCACCAAGAACUACGACGCCUCCUUCUACAUGGCGGCCGCCUUCUUCCUGGCUAGUACUCUGACGUCAUUUGCCGCUCCAUUGUUCCGCAGAAAACCCGAAGAAGUCCAGCAGCCGAUGGACAUCCUGACGCCCAUCGACGAGGACCUGGAGGAGGGCGACGAGGAGGACGAGGACGACACCCCCAUCACUAUGGGCGCGCCGCACAUCACGCGCACGGCCGCCUCGCCCGACACGCCGCCGCCGCAGCCGGCGCCCGCCAGCUCCGCCGAGCGGGAGAGCGUGCUGUGAACACAGCUAGCUGCCGAACUACACACACAGAUAACAAGCACAGGACAUUCGCUUUUUCAUUAUUAAAUGAUGCAUGAUGCGAGUCGAACUGACGUCAGCGGCCGUGCAUCUCGCGACCCCGCCGCGUUCUUCCGAUAAAUACGCGGGAGUCAACAUUGCAUCAUUUAAUACAGGAAUUCAGAAUUCAGGAGCAUUCAGAAAGCCUAUGACCUACUACUUCGUUUUGAGGUGGACGAAGCUACGUGUCGUCUCGCUUACACAUCUACGAAAGUGUUGCUAUGAGAGGUAGCGCUAGGCCAUCUGAUGUCAAAGCUAUUUUCUGUCCGAAUGUGUUUAAAUUGUUAAUCUGAUUAUGGUGAUAGUUCUUGUUUGUUGGCUGUAUCAUAGAAAACUAACUAAUGUGUGAGUAUAUGUUACAAUAUAAUCGCAAAUUUAAAGUAAAAUGAACGUUGAUAGAAUGAUUUCAAUACCCCAUUUACAUUGUAGCAUUGCUACAUCAUUCGAUUCUAUUGUAACAUGUAAUCCAACUCUUCAAAGAAAAUCUGUGUCAUGCAUAUAAAUGUCGUCGGCUCAGGUGCUCGUAAUUUGCGUCUUUCUCUUGAAACGAUAUGUGAUCUUUUAUAAACUAUGCUCAUAUUAAAUUCUACGUCUUCUAUACUUUUAAGAACCUAUGUAAAUUAUUUAUUUAGAUGCUUUCGUAGUUGUCCAAAUCAUUUAUUAUAAUUUUAAUUACUCUUGCAACACCUGCUGGCCGAUGAUGUAUCUACCUCCAAUCAUUGGGCGUUUAUGAAACGAAAUUAUAGUUGAUUCGGUAUACUAUAAGAUUUCACGAACCCUUUUAUUCUCCAAUAAUUAAAUAAAUUGAACGAUCUCAUUACAUUGGAGACGCUGUGAUGAAGGUUUCUUGAAAUCCACUUAGAUAUUUAACAAUUCGUACGAUUAAACUGAAAAGAGGAAACGACGAAAUGACUUAUUUUCUGACAGUAAUGUACAGUGCUAUUAAUUAAGUUAAUAAGUAUUAGAAAAUGACUCAUUUUGUUGACAAACACAACAUAAAAUACGAUAAAAACUUACUUCUAUGUGAAGAUUUAUACGAAGUUACCAUAAGUUAAUGACAUAAUUAAAUACUGGAAUUGACUGCAAGCAAUAAAGCGUAUAUACGCUUUGCAUUUUAAAAUAUUAGAAGGGAUAUGUAAGGUUCUAUAUUCCAAUGUGCCAUAUAAAUGUCGUGGUGCUAACGUCAACCCAAGUUACAAGCGAUGUUAAAACAUUCAGUGACUAAUACUCAAAGCACUGCAGAGUUUUGUGAACACAAAUUAUAAAUGUCCAUAUUGUCAUUAGCAAUAAUGUUAGUACUUAUAGGGUAUUGAGUACUUAGCAGACUUACAUAGACAUGUAGAAAUUUCACCUUCUAUACAACUGAUGUGAUGGUAUAUUUUUUCUUUAGCAACGGACAAUAAGAUUAUCUCUGAAGGUCUAACUCAUAUUUCAUUCAAACUUUUGACUCCAUUAAAGUUCUACAAAUAUAUCAAUGUAAAUAAUAUGCACUCUUGUAAAUAUGUUGCAGUAAGGACAUGGGGACUUAAAAGAAAGAAUUUCGCGUCCUGUAGAGAUUAAAACGGCUUAAAUUUUUACACUCAUAUGACAAAGAUUGAUGAACUGACUGACAAGGGUGGGUAGUCCUUAACUGUAUGCUAGAUGCCAAUUUUAAAAUAAGGCAUUCUUCGUGUUUUGAGGUGAAGCUAGGGACUAUCAAUUAUUAUGAUUAAACCUAUUAUAAUAUUAUAUAGUGUGUGUAUAUGGUGUUAGAGUAGCAAUUGCCUUUUAAACUUGCUAGACUCUGUGAACUUUUCAUACACUUUUUUUAAACUCUACAAAGCACUUUUUAAGCAUUAAAGUACAAUGCGAACGGCAGCGUUAUCUUCAUUAUAUAUCUUCGACAUUGUAUAGAAUUCUUAUAGUGCCAUUGUAACGAACAACAAUUUGUGUAAAUACGCUAAUGUUAAGUGAGUUUACAUAGAUGAGUAAUGUUGAGUAAAAUGUAACGCAGUCAAUUUUACGCGCAUCAUACAUGCAUCCGAACACUUCCUGUUAGGUGUCGUCAUAUAUGGCUUUAUGUACUUGCCACAUUAGUGUGUAUAUAUCUGAACUAUAGAUAUAUAUUUUUGUCAUAGAUAUUUUUUGUCAAUAAACUGCAUAAUUUAGCUUUAAGCAUUAGGUAUAAUAAUUAUGUACUUUAUGAUUAGGAAAGUGGAAGGCAAUUAACUGUUAGGAGAAGGUAUUAUGUGAUAAACAUGGAAAAUAUAUUGAAAUAUUUCUUUUUUUAACAACCUGUAUUGUAUGCCUAUAAGUAAACGAUAAUUUUAAUGAAAUUUCUUUUUAAGGUUAAUGUAAUCUGAUAUGACGUUACAAAGUGUAUAGAACGUAUUAAGAAAUAUUCAGAAAAUAUGAAUUAAUGUUACUGUUGUUAUAUAGCUUUAUGUAAAAACCAAAAGUGUUAUUAUGUUUUUAAGAUUAAAAAUUAUUUAGGAGUCGAGAUGUAACUGUAACCGAACUGUCGACUGAACGCAAAGGUUUGUCGUCGGUCUUACAGAGAGAAAUCAAAUAGAAAUCAUGUCGACUACGAUAUAUUUUGGUCUGACUUCUACGACCGUGAAACAAUCAUGAAUUUGUAAUAUCUCAUGAUUAUUUUUAGAGGCGAUUUUUAUGUAUUGACAUUGAAUAAAGCACAGAGAAGCACAUUAUAACAUUGUUCAUUGUGAAUGUUUAAUACUUACAUACAAAAUGUAUAUUACAGUAUAUUAUCCAGUAUUGGCUCAAAGUAUUGUUUAUGUAUUCAUUGAGAAGUUAACGAGCUGUUUACCUAUUAGUUGUAUUUGUGAUUUGUUGAAAUUGUUUUGAUUGAGCGCAUGCAUUCAUUAGUUAUUAAAUUAUAAUAUCGAUUUAUGGUUUUAUUUGCCGUUUUAUAUAUGUAAACAGCUCAGUGGUGUGUUGUAUAAUGUAUGUUUAACAUUUUAACUGCGUAGUUGCACUAACGUGUUUGUAUCAUGUGACUUUAUCUACAGUUUCUAGAUGAAUGAAUUGUAGAUUAGCAGAAGUAAGCGUAGUCUUGUUUUCGUUUAUAAAUUUUAAUGGCUACCUCAUUACUGAACAUUGACCUUACAACUCACAAGUGACCGGUCAAAGGCAUUAAGAUUGAAAUUGUUUUAGUCUCAAAAGUAGCAGUUUUCUAAAAGAAAGUUAUACAAAAAUCCACAUUUGUUAUUUUAUACGCGUAUUUCGAAGUGUUUUUGACUAAUAUGAAUUGUUUUCAAGCUAUAAGCAGUUAAAAUAUUAAUAUAUACAAUUAAAUUUAUUAUCAGAAGGAGUGCGCACGCCUCGCUUGCGCUAAAGGUAAAAAGUUGCAAAGAAGCUUAUUGUUGACAAAGUCCACCGAAAUCUUUUGUAAAUAACAGAUUCAUUAAAUGAUAAUGAUGACUGAAA